CUUUUUAUCCGACAUGUUUUAUGUUGGCAACACAUAUUUCACAGGAAGUGUCUUUCGAGUUGCGCACGUGACGUCUUUUCCUUUAAAAGUAAGAUCGUUGAGAGAAUACAAUGGGUCGUUACUCUCAUGAACCAGUAAAUGCAAGCAAAUCGUGCAAGGCACGAGGAUCGAACUUGCGAGUGCAUUUCAAGAAUACACAUGAAACCGCACGUGCUAUCAAGAAUAUGUCCCUGCGAAGGGCUCAGAAAUAUUUGAAAAAUGUAAUUGAACACAAGGAAUGUGUACCGUUCCGUAGAUUUAAUGGUGGUGUUGGCAGGUGUGCCCAGGCAAAACAAUUUGGCACUACACAAGGUCGUUGGCCCAAGAAAUCGGCAGAAUUUUUACUCCAGCUCUUAAAGAAUGCUGAAAGUAAUGCUGAUGUUGCUGGGUUAGAUCUUGACCGUCUUGUAAUUAACCAUAUUCAAGUGAAUCAUGCUCCUUGUUUACGUAGGAGAACGUACAGAGCGCAUGGUCGUAUUAAUCCUUACAUGAGCUCACCAUGCCACAUUGAGGUGAUUUUAACUGAAAAAGAAGAUUUUGUAGUAAAAAGUCCAGAAGAAGAGCCAUCGAAAAAGAAACUCAGUAAGAAGAAGCUUGCCAGGCAAAAGGAGAAAAUGAUGAGGGAAUAAUUUUAUAUACUAACUGGGUAUUGAAUAUAUAAUGGAAAAAAUGAA